AAACGAGUGUGCGAGCAGGGGCCUGUUGCACAAAAGUAGAAUUAAGACAUCCGGGAUAAAUGACUCAGCUGAGCUCAAUGAAGCCAAAACAUGUGCGUCCAGGCUUAAUUGGUUGCACAAAGACCAAGCCAGGAUGAGCAGACACGGAUUCAUUAAGCCAGGUGAAACCAAUCCUGGAUAGGUGCGCGCUCACGGCUCACUCAAAUAGACCCCGCCACAGAUCACAGAUGAACUGAUUUACCAUGGCAACUAGAGCCGCGUACUUUUCCCCGUCGGAAGCACAAAUCCUCAUGGAGGCAUACGAGGAGGUAAAAGAUAUAAUUAAGAAGAAAGGCAACACCGCCACAGUGAUAAAGCAAAGAGAAAAAGCGUGGCAAAGUAUUGCAGACCGCCUGAAUGCAUUAAACAUGAACGGGCCAAAACGGACAUGGCAGCAGGUCAAAAUCAAAUACAAGAACAUUCUGCAGAAUGCAGUGAAAAAGAAUACCCACAGACAAGGCACGUGUGGUGGGUCACCAAAGGCUGACCUUACCCCAGCAGAGGACAUGGCCUUGGAGCUAAAUAAAGGCAGGCCCGUCUUAGAGGGGAUCCCUGGGGGGAAAGAGACGAGCAUAGGUUCCUCCCAAGAUGCCACCCGCUUCAUUCAAGUGCCUGGCAGCACUGUGUUCCUGUUAGAGCCACCAGCACAAGCACCAGACGAUGCUGAUCCAGGUGAAGGCCCCAGUGCAGCUGCAACAGCACAUGAUGGAGACGAUGAUGAGGAGGAGACCAUCUCUCUGGAUUCCAGAAGGCAUGAGGACCCAGAUGCUAUACAGUGGGAAAACCAGCCUGGCAACAUAAGCUCACAAGCUAUCAGAAAGUUGUAUGGCAACCACCUCCGGCGCCAAAUAGAACUGGCAGACAUAGACAUUCAGUACAAGAAGAAAAAGAUGGAAAAUCUUGCACUGGAGUCCGAAAUAAAAAGAGGACAAUUAGGAAACUGGACCUUGAAAUAAAAAAACUUGAGAGGGAGCUCCAAGAAGAUGACACAGCUCAAAAUAAAAAUUAGGUAUAUUCUCGUAAAGUCAAGUGAGCCAUGACAUAUGAGCUCUUAUUGUGAGCACACAGGACGGUGGCAUCUUUCUAAGUUUUUUUUUUAUUUUCCCAGCAAUCAGUACAACCAAGUCAUCGUUAUAAGGCAUCGCCCUCUUUUGCCCACCCCCCCCCAGCACCAGGUGUGGCCACUAGCCUAUAUGAAGGCCCAAAAUUGUGUGUUCCUUUCUGCUCUGACAAUGGCAUGCCCAUUCGUGCGAGAUGUGGUGGAUGAAGAAGCACUUGUGCUGAGGAGAGCCUUCAGGUGAGAAAGGGUCUUCAUGGACCGGUUGGACCCACAGGCCUUCCCUGAUGACCAUCUAUAUGAAAGAUACAGGUUUUCUGCAGAUGGCAUCAGGUAUCUAUGCAGACUACUGGGUCCCAGGAUUAAGCACCGCACUGCACGGAGCCAUGCACUGAGUGUGGAGCAAAUGGUUUGUGUGGCCUUGCGCUUUUUUGCUAGUGGAGCCUUCCUGUACUCAGUGGGGGAUGCAGAACAGCUGAACAAGGCCACAAUUUGCCGCACAAUAAGGAGUGUGUGUCUGGCUAUCAAAGCAUUAGCAGAUGUCUUCAUCUCCUUCCCUGGCCACAGAAGACUCUGUGACAUCAAAGAGGAGUUCUAUAGGAUUGCAGAUGGUCUGCAAUGCUGACUGUGUGAUCAGCAAUGUUGUGGCAAAAUGGCCUGGCUCAGUCCAUGACUCCAGAAUCUUUCGGGCCUCUGAAAUCUCUCAGUGCCUAUCACAAGGUGAAUUCUCUGGUGUGUUGCUGGGAGACAGGGGUAUGGCUGCCAGCCUUUUCUCCUGACACCUUUCACAGACCCCCAGGAAGCACAGCAGGCCUACAACCAUGCCCAUGCCAGGACCAGGGCCAGAGUUGAAAUGACCUUUGGCCUCCUGAAGGCACGCUUUCACUGCCUUCACAAAUUAAGGGUCAGCCCUGUUAGGGCAUGUGAUAUUACUGUGGCUUGUGCUGUCCUCCACAAUGUGGCCUGCCUGAGGAAGGAGAGGCCCCCAGAGUGCCACCAGCCAUGGACUGGGACAAUCCGGCAAUCUUCCCUGAUGACGACAGUGGUCGGCUGCUGAGGGACCAAUAUGUGUUGAAUUAUUUUAGUUAGUAUGUGUGCUUUCAAUUUUGGUUAAAUAUGUCCUGCGGUGGCAGAGGAA